UCCGACCCGGCGGAGGCACCGCUCCCUCCCACAGACAUGUGGGCCCUCAACAUGAAGGCCGGCGGGCCGUGCCUGACGCCGACUCGCCCCGCCCCCGCGGCUCGGGCCGGGGCGCCCCUCGCCGCCGCCGGCAAGACGGGCCCGUGGUCCUCGUGCCGGAGGCGUGGCCCGGCGGCAAGGCCGCUCGUGGCGGUGCGCGCGUUGGGGAGGAGAGGCGACGUCGGGGCCGGCGGCAGCGAGGACGAGGAAGCCAAGAGCAAGGCAUCAUCGUCAGGAAGUGGCGAUGCAUCUGUUCCAACAGGAGAUAGCUCUGAUGGAUUGAACGAACCACCAGAUGAAUCAAAUUCCACUGAGCCUAUUAAUAUUUCAAACAGCAAUUACUGGAGAGAUGUCAGAGCAAACCUUGUGCGACGGGAACAGGAGCUAUUGGUAGAUCCAAGUGUUCCUGGAGAGUCGAAGGCGUCCUCUGGAGAACCAGUACACGAGCUUCCUCAGAAAUGGGCUCACCCUAUUACAAUGCCGGAGGCAGGGUGUGUCCUGGUAGCAACCGAGGUGCUCGAUGAUGACAGCAUCUUCGAAAGAACAGUGAUUCUCCUCCUCAGACUUGGGACCAGAGGUACCUUUGAUGGUCCAUUUGGAGUCAUCCUGAACCGUCCACUUUAUACAAAGAUUAAGAAUGUGAAUCCAUCAUCAUUCCGAGACCAAACAACCCCUUUCGGCGACUGCGCCCUCUUCUUCGGAGGCCCCGUUGACAUGAGCAUGUUCUUGGUACGUACCAAAGACAGCUCACGCCUCAAGGGGUUUGAGGAGGUGAUACCAGGCAUCUGCUUCGGCUUUCGAACUGAGCUGGAGAAGGCUGGUGUUCUGAUGAAGAGCGGUGCGAUUAGAACCGAGGACCUGAGAUUCUUUGUGGGGCAUGCAGCCUGGGAUUAUGAACAGCUGUUAAGCGAGAUCAGGGCGGGAUACUGGGCUGUUGCUUCCUGUAGCACAGAACUGAUCAGUGAUGCGGUGUCAACCGAUCCUUCUUGCCUCUGGACCGAGAUACUGCAGCUGAUGGGAGGGGAUUACUCUGAGCUCAGCCAGAAACCGAAGCAGGACAGCGCGUAGAUGUUGCUCCAUGCACAACUGCAACAGCAGUGCUGUUGCCAACCUGUACAUAAUUGGAAACAAUGUACAUCUCAUUUAUGGUGUAAAUGUAUGGUUUGUUCUUACUUAAAUAA